AUGAAGAAACUGAAGGCAGCCAACCGCAAGACAGAUGCUGAGACCAUUGAGCAUGAGAUUAAGGUCUGCAUCUCAGCCACAAAUUGCAUGGUCGAGUCGAUGGUCAAGUUCAACCCGAUUGCUGAUGUCAUCCCUGAUUUGGAGAUCCUCCAUGAGGAAGGCCAUGUGUUGCCCCCAAAGAACGCCAUGCUGUUUCACAAGUUGUGGGGCCAUGCCCAGUUGAUGGAGCGGAACUUCGAAGCGUGGGUCAAGUGCAUGUGGCCCCGAGCGAUCACUGUGUUCGAUGAUGUCUCUGGGUGUUGGACAGUCCCCCCGCCCAAACCAGCUUCUGAUUGGGAUUAUGCCAACCCGAUGUGGUCUGCCUUGGUGGCGCAUCUCCAGGACGAUGAAUCACAAAUGGAGUAUUGGUGGGGCACAUUAUUCAACGAUGGGUUCCUGUCUUUGAUGAGCGAGCUUGAGGACCACAAUACUCUGACAUCCGAAAUGCCUUGCGACUUCUUCGAGCUCGCCCAGACGUUCCAUGAGUUCUACAUCCGGGAAGACAAUAAUGUGCUCUUAGAUGAGUCGUUCACGCAAUUGCUGAAUCCUUUCCUGCGGGCGAUCCGGGGCGUGGCAGCGCUCACCUGUUCGUUUCCUUUUGUUUUCCAGUCCGAGCUCGAAGACGUCGACUUCCUGGCCCCCCCAUCGACCCGGAAGCCUGCCGAGCAAGAGGGUGUUGCCACGGUGUCUUUCGAUGUUAUAUGCAAUUCAGUCCGCACUGCGAAGCUCCUCAAGAUCCGACUCCGCUCCAAGGAAGGCUUCUGGAAGCACCGCCUGGAUGAGUACAAGAGGGUCGUCGGUGCUGAGGCGACAAUGGGGCUUCAGCUUCUCGAGUGUUGCAAGCAGAUGGUUGAGUUGUCAGCCCAGACUGAUCUCCACAUCGAUUUCGAGAAGAAGAAGAUGGAUCUCAUCCCCUUCCUGCAGCAGUGGAUCCAAGGGGCCCCGAGCUGGACCUCCAACGCCCUCCGUGAGAACGCGACAGCAUCUUUGCAACGGCACGUGUUGUCUGUGUUGGAUAACGCUUCGAGUCAGGGGUCUUGGGACCAGAUUCAGUUCAGCGAAGAGAACAGGGCGUGGAUUCAGGUUGUGUUGAAGGCUUCAGAGUGCUUGACCACCACGAGCGACACGAAGCCCAUCCAGAUGAGGAUCAAGGAGAUGCAUGAAGCAUGGGUGCACAGGUCUGCCGAGGAGAUGCUCGCAUCCUCGAUCUCGCAGGAUAUCAAGCAGUACAGCGACUUCAAGAGCUUGUACGACGCAGUGAAGGGCCAGGCGAGCAAGAACAAGGAGGAGGCCAUCCAGGACAAGAUGGUCGAUGCAGCUUGGCGGGCUCUCAAUUGGUUGUCUGUCGCUGAGGUCCCCUGGGCGCAGGCGAAGGAAGUCUCAGACAUGCUCGAGCUGCUGACCGUCACAGACACCGCUAUGAAGACCUACUGGGAGACCCGCAAGACGCAGAGCGAGGCGUUGGCCGAGUGUGGCAAAAUUGCACUCUCUACUGCCGUCUGCAUUGAGUACAGCUCGAAGCCUGAUGUUAUGAAAGACUUGAGUGGGAAAGGCCCAGAGAUCUCGAGCGCUAUGCUGACCGCGUACAAGAAGCUCUCCGCCGUCAUCAGCCAGAAACCCGUUUUUGCGGACAUGCCCACCAGCAACCAGAUCAUGGACCAACUGGUUGCACGUUUCGAACCGUUGAUGCCCGGCUUCUGCGGUGCCUUGUCUGAGUUUGCCGUUCUCAAGUGCGACGCCGCAGUGGCCCAUGUGGUUGAGACCGCGAAGUUGCUGAAAUCCAAGGCCGUGGGCGCGGACAUCUUGACGCACUUCCAGGGCUCCCUCGGCAAGGUCGACACGAAAGAGUUGGACCGCUUGCUGCAGAAGUGCGACAAG